AUGUUGAACACACCCGAACAACUCAAAACUAUGCCUGUUAAAUUGUGGAACCAGUAUAAUUUCAUGUCAAAAUUGGCGAGAAGUGAAGCUGUUGGUAGAAGUGGUCCUGUUACAGCCUUUUAUAAAGGAAACUAUGAAAUUAAAGUUCGCCUCGAAAAAGAACAAGUACCCUACAUCGGACACGGACAAGUUGAUGUUUCCAAAUUACAAACUCAAAUUAUGGAAGCUAUUGAAGAUGCCCGUAGAAACAAUCACAUUCACAAGUACUAUGAGAAGAGUAAUUACGAGUUAUAUCAUGAUAAUUCCCUAAAACCCUAUACUUUUUCUAAAGGAGUACAAUAUGCUUCACGGAGAGAAGAUAUUACUAAAGAUUUCACGCUCGCUCAAGAUGACGAUGAAAAUCAAUACAUGUUCAAAAAGACUCUCCAAAAGAUACAACAAUUAGAAUUGGAAUUUAUUGAAGAAAUGAGAGAAUACAAAAAGUACUUGGUCAAGAAGCAAGACCAAAUGAACAUGAAUCAGCCAGAAAAUGAAAGAACUGACGCAACAUUUACAAUGACCUUGCGUGAUUUUGCUUCACAAAUGCCAGUGCCAGAAGCCCACAAACAAUCCAUUAAUCAAACAGCACUUGACAUGGAACUUGCUUCCUCAUCAAUUAUGGAUUAUUACGUUGACGAAAACAGUGAGGCUUUGAAAAAUAUUGAGCUUUUGACCUAUGACUCUCGUUUGGAUCCUGAUAUGGAACCACUUGGUCCAUUCAUGGAUGAAUUAAUCAGGCUUAAGGAAACAGAAAAAAUGAUUGCCGAAUAUGAGAAGGAGAAUGGAAAGGGAUCAUUUGAAAAGUACAUGACUGAAACUGUUGGAGCUGAGAUUAGCACUGCUGUCUCUGGUUUGGAAAGUAUGGAGUCUGUCACUAGUCCAGAAGCUCAAGAGAAGUGGAUCAGAGCGCUUUUUGGCCUUGGUAUGGACGAGAGUGUGGAAGAAAUCCAGAAAGCCCUUCAAAACAUCCAAAACCCAAGUGAAGCUUUAAACAAUUCAGUUGAGACCGCCUCAGAAGAACAAUCUGCAGAACCAUCAACAGAACAAACUAGUGAAGAAGAAAACAAAUAA